AUGGGGCGCGGGCCGGUGCAGCUGCGGCGGAUCGAGAACAAGAUAAACCGGCAGGUGACCUUCUCCAAGCGCCGCAGCGGGUUGCUGAAGAAGGCGCACGAGAUCUCCGUGCUCUGCGACGCCGAGGUCGCGCUCAUCGUCUUCUCCACCAAGGGCAAGCUAUACGAGUACUCCAGCCAGGACAGUAGCAUGGAUGUGAUUCUUGAACGUUACCAACGUUACUCAUUUGAAGAAAGAGCUGUACUGGAUCCAAGUAUUGGAAACCAGGCAAACUGGGGAGAUGAAUAUGGAAGUUUGAAGAUAAAACUCGAUGCACUCCAGAAGAGUCAAAGGCAACUCUUGGGUGAACAAUUGGACCCACUCACCACAAAAGAACUCCAACAGUUGGAACAACAGCUUGAUAGUUCUUUGAAGCACAUAAGGUCAAGAAAGAAUCAACUUCUCUUUGAGUCUAUAUCUGAGCUUCAAAAGAAGGAGAAGUCAUUAAAAGAUCAGAAUGGUGUCCUGCAGAAGCACCUCGUAGAGACAGAAAAGGAGAAAAAUAACGUUUUGUCAAAUAUUCAUCACCAAGAGCAGUUGAAUGGAGCAACAAAUAUUCAUCACCAGGAGCAGCUGAAUGGAGCAACAACAAGCUCACCGUCACCUACACCAGCGACAGCCCAAGAUUCCAUGGCACCUCCAAAUAUUGGGUACUUAUGCUUCCACUUAGGCCAUAUCAAUCUAGAGAAUCAGGAGGGGGGAAUCCAGAACCUCAGCCGUCUCCAGCACAAGCAAACAACAGCAAUCUACCAGCGUGGAUGCUCCGCACCGUCAGCAACAGAUGAAGGCUGGCGACAGCCUCAUAUGACUCCACCUGAAGGCGAGAAUGGCGCCUGA